AUGAGCAGCUAUGUGGCCAGCACCGACGUCCCUCCGCCUCCCCCACCCAUCUUCGUCCGCGCCUUGUACAACUACGAAGCCGACGACCACACAAGCUUGAGCUUCCGACAAGGCGACAUCAUCCAGGUAUUGACGCAGUUGGAGAGUGGCUGGUGGGAUGGAGUGAUCAACGAUGUCCGGGGCUGGUUCCCGAGCAACUAUACCGUAGAGAUCACCAGUAUGGACGAGCUGAGCGAGGCAGGUCUCGCCGGCCCGGACGGAAGUGAGACUGGUUCAGGGACCGAGGAGGACUAUGACGAAGAGGAGGAAGACUCGGACGUGCACACUCAAGAUGAGGAUUCGGAUCUGCCGAUCGAGGGAGGACAUAGCCAGAGCCAGGAGGAGGCUGCGUUCUGGGUCCCUCAGGCGACUCCGGACGGCAGACUUUUCUAUUUCAACACCUUGACUGGUGUCAGCACCAUGGAAUUGCCCUUAGAGACACCCUCCAGUGCCGAUGAGACAGGGCCGCGUGAUCGCAAUCAUUUUCAUGUGCCUGAGCAGACUAGACCGCCUCCAGAGAUGAUGGCUGGAGGGUUCGGCAACGAGGAGGACUAUGAUGGGUCUGCGUCAGAGGCCGACGGCGAGCAAUCAUUUAUUUCUUCACACAAGAAAGGGUCCGGUUCGACGACCUUUGGCAGCAUCUCAACCUCCACUUCCAUGGAUUCCAUCAGCGGCACGGCUGUCAGGCAGCCGGGCAAUCAAUCAGUCAAUUCUCUCACAUCCACAUUCGGACAGGCAAGCAUCUCCAUGGCAAUCCCUCCCCUGCGGCCGACCGACACUUCCUUUAUUGCCGGAGUGCCGCCCCGAUUGUCAAAAUCACCGACGCCACGGUUUUUCCUGGAAGACGCCGGGGCCGCUUCCGUAACGUGGAACAGCUUGGUGGACAACAUGCAAACCGCCAUCGAGGCAUACCGGCAUGCGAUUCGGACACAUGCACGAGCCGAGUACGUGCGAAGAGCAGAGGACAUUUCCGACCAUCUGCGCAUGUUGCUUGCCGCAGGAUCAGGCACAACAGACAACCACUCGGGCAAUCCCUCCAUCAUCUCGUCGAACAAGGCGCUCUACCCUCAUUUCCGAGAGAUGAUGUCAAAAUUCUCAAAACUCGUCCUGUCCUCCCACAUUGCCGCCGCCGAAUGGGCGGGCCCGGAUGCGCUGACGAAAUGUCUACAAGAGGCCGAGGGGGUGAUGAAUGGCGUGUACGGCUACGUCGAGGUUGCAAGGCAGCAGAGAGGAGAAGAAAUACCGCGAUUGGUGCCCGGCUUCAUCUUGGGCAGCACCGUCGGCGGACAUUGGCGGGACAACAACAUCGACAACCAGACAAAGUUGGACGAGGUUUCGUUCAUGGACUCCAGCGAUGAGUCGCUGUCUCGCCCUUCAGAACCGCUCGAUGCAAAUCUCCUGCGUCGUAUCGAAGAAGCCAAGAAGAACCUGUCGGCUGCAAUCCGUCGUCUGGAAGAGAACCUGGUCCUGAACGAGAAGAUUGUGACGCCCGCGCGGCAAUCCGCGAUCGGAGACGCCUUGUGCCAAGCUGCUGGCGCGAUAUUGGAACAGUUCCGACCCUGGAUCAGUAACGUCGAGUCUAUCGAUCUAUCUGCGCUGGGAAAUGUGUUUCAAAAACCGUCAUUGGUCGACUUUGGUUCUCAGAAGCAGAGAGCUUACGACUCAAUCGGCGAAUUGGUGGCAACAUGCCAGGCUGUUACCAUGCCGCUUCCAGACGAGUGGGCAGAAGUGCGUGGCGAGUCUUUGGAUACUCGAAUCAAUAACGUCCGGAUGGCUUGCAAACAGCUGGAUACUCACGUGUCCAAUUUGGGAUACGCACUCGAGCUCUUGCUUCCUGCAACCACUCUCAACCCAUCAGUGCCGACCGACAAGCGGGAGAAACGCGUGACAGAUGGGGGCGAAACAUAUCAAACACACCAUCUUCGAGCCGACUCCAGGCAUGGAGCCAACCUACGGCCAGCGUUGGGAGACCUAGGUCAGUCGAAGUCAUACACUCUCGGCGAAGAUCCAGCAGAUAAAAUGCGUCGCCCGGGGACAAAGGACAAGGCGAGACAAUUCUUUGGGCAGAUACCGCCAAACCUGAGUCAGCUGAAGACGAAUAUUGACCCGAGCUUCCCUGCGGAAGAAGUGCCAUGGUAUCUGCAACUUGACCAUGCAGGCGAAAUCACUUAUGACACCAAGAACGAUCCUCCUCAAGUCAAGAGCGGGACGCUUACUGGGCUUGUCGAGCAACUUACCCGCCAUGACCGGCCAGAUACGACUUUUACAACUACCUUCUUGCUCACUUAUCGUUCUUUUACAACCGCUGCAGAGCUAUUCGAGCUUCUGGUAAGACGCUUCAACCUCCAGCCGCCUGCGGGCCUCACGCGCGACGAGCAUUCCAUCUGGGAAGAGCACAAACAAAAACCCGCCAGAUUCCGAGUGCUGAACAUCAUGAAAACCUGGCUGGAGCAGUACUGGAUGGAGCACGACGAUGCUCAAAGUCAGGCGUUGCUUGAAAGAAUGCUCGCAUUUGCAAAGAGCACCUACACAACGACGAAGAUUCCGUUGGCGAAGGCAUUGACGGCCACCGCCGAACAGCGACUGAAAGGAGGAGAGGCAUUGUCCAAGAAGCUCGUCUUGACGUUGACAAACUCCGCGCCGCCGCCUAUUCUGCCCAAGAACAUGAAGAAGCUGAAAUUCCUUGACAUUGACGCCAAGGAGUUCGCGAGACAGCUGACCAUCAUGGAGUCGAAGCUAUAUGGCAAGAUCAAACCUGUUGAAUGUCUGGCGAAGACGUGGGAGAGGAAGGGCAACUCGGACACCAGUGACACGGCCCCGAAUGUGAAGGCUCUCAUCUACCACUCUAACAAGCUGACGCAUUGGGUUUCGGCCAUGAUUCUGUCACAGACUGAGGUUAAGAAGAGAGUGGUUAUCAUCAAGCAUUUUGUGCAGAUCGCCGAGCAAUGUCGCGGGUUGAACAACUUUUCUUCGGUGACCGCUAUCAUCUCGGCGCUCGGCACCUCUCAUAUCGUCCGCCUGGGUCGAACGUGGCAGGCCGUCAACCCGAAGACAAAUGCCAUGCUCGAAGGGAUGCGCAACUUGAUAGCAUCGGGGAAGAACUUUCUCCAAUAUCGAGAAACACUGCGAGUGGCGACUCCUCCGUGCAUUCCCUUCUUGGGCGUCUAUCUGACGGAUUUGACUUUUAUCGAGGACGGUAUCCCAUCACACAUCAAGGGUACGAAUUUGAUCAACUUCGCCAAACGAACCAAAACCGCCGAAGUCAUUCGGGACAUCCAGCAGUAUCAGAACGUGCCCUACGCGCUCAACCCGGUACCGGAACUGCAGGAGUGGAUUGCAGAAAACAUGAGGAAUGCGGGCACGUCGGACGACGACAUGUUCGCACAAAGUCUCAAGAUCGAACCACGGGAGCGAGAAGAGGAGAAAAUUACGAGACUUCUAUCUGAGUCAGGAUUCCUGUGA